GACAGCUAAGAAGUUUAUGUAAGACAGUUUCUACCUAUUAUUAAACAUUGGUUUCUCACUUCAUUAUAAAAUGUAAUUCCAACAAGAAAUUAAACCCUUCCAAAUCUCAAACCAAUCUCACAAUCUCUCCAUUUCUAUCAUUCUUUGUUGUUGCCAUGAUAAUGCCUAUGCCUCCAUCAAAUGGCACAACCACCAUGAUGAUGAACAUGCAAAUGAGUUUCUACUGGGGCAGAAAAGCCACAGUGCUUUUCUCUGGAUGGCCUAAUAACAACCUUGGAAUGUACAUCUUAGCUAUUUUGUUUGUGUUCUUUCUAGCUAUGGCUGCUGAGGUUUUGUCUAACCAACCUCCCAUCAAACGCGGGACUAAUCCUCUCAUUGGAGGCUUGAUUCAGUCUUCUGUUCACUUCUUUCGAAUCGUUUUCAUUUACUUGCUCAUGCUUGCUGUCAUGUCCUUCAAUGUUGGAAUCUUUAUUGCUGCUGUUCUUGGUCAUACGUUGGGAUUCUUCGUUGCACGGUCGCGUGCUAUCGCUGUUGCUAAUGGAGAAGAUCAACGUUCAUCUUCGGUCACACUUAAAAUUUGAAUCUUAUGUUCUACUACUACAUGGUACAUCCUCCGAUUUUAAAGUAUAAGAAAAAAAUCAUAUCAAAUAUAUUUGAUUUUUAGGUUAUAUUUAAAAUCGGAGGAGUACAUGAUUUUAUGUUGCAUGGUUUUCUCAAAGCUUUUCACUUAUGUAUUAUAGAUUGGUGAGUACUUAGAUGCUUAUGUUUGCUAAUUAAGCUUUAUUUAGUAUGCUAUGUUAAAAGUUUGCUACCUUGUUUAUGUUAAAAUUUUAGAGUAAACAAAUUUAUUUAUCCAUGA